AGAAACCCAAAUUUCUCCAAACAAAUUCAAAUUAAUUUCUUUUCUAUCUGCAUUUGAAAGAUUAGCAAUUCUUCAGCAUUUUCUUAAAUCAUCAGCUUUUGAACGAAGACAUGGCAAACAAAUCUUACGAGGAGGCCAUUGUUUCCCUCCAGAACCUUCUCAGUGAGAAGGGAGAACUGGGACCGGUUGUAGCAGAAAGAAUUGAUGAAAUCACAGCUGAGUUACAAACAUGCAGCAAACCGUUCAAUCCGGUUCACAGGAUCAAGUGUGGCUUUAAUUAUUUCAAAACAGAGAUAUAUGACAAAAAUCCAGAAUUGUUUGACAAACUCAAAAAAGGCCAGGAACCCAAGUUUUUGGUGUUUGCGUGCUCGGAUUCACGAGUGAGCCCAUCCAAUAUCCUCAACUUUCAGCCCGGUGAGGCUUUUAUGGUUCGAAACAUCGCCAACAUGGUCCCUCCUUAUGACAAGCUUAGGUACUCGGGAACUGGAGCUGCCAUUGAAUACGCUGUUCUCCAUCUGAAGGUAGAAAAUAUUCUAGUCAUUGGUCACAGUACCUGUGGAGGUAUCAAGGCUCUCAUGAGUCUUCCACAAGAUGGUUCUGAAUCAACUGAAUUUAUUGAGAAUUGGGUGAAAAUUGGAUUACCUGCCAAGGCCAAGGUGCUAGCUGAGCAUCCAAAUAUAAGUUUUGAAGAACAGUGCAAAUACUGUGAGAAGGAAGCUGUGAAUGUAUCACUAGCCAACUUGCUGACCUAUCCAUUUGUGAGAGAUGGUUUGGUGAAUAAAACAUUGGCAUUGAAGGGAGGUUACUAUGAUUUCAUUAAAGGAGAAUUUAAGCUAUGGGGAUUUCACUUUGGUCUUUCUCAUCCUUGUUCUAUCUGAAUUCAACUACCAUCUUUCUAGUGGGAGAAUAGUGACACCUCUUGCUCUUUCUUUUUCUUCGUAUUGUAUUCAUCUGUAUAGUUCAAAAAAUGUCUAAAUAAAAUAGAGGGUGGAUUCUCCCAUUUUAUGGUAGAAGACAAGUGGUGAAUUGUCUUUGUAAUAAUGACUAUGUUCGUUGUAUUUGUGACGGGGAAAAACCUCUUUAUCUUUAUGAGUUAUAGGUAAUGUUUACGUACGUUCUACCCAUUUGGGUAUGUUGUUGUAAUAAUGACUCUGUUCUGCAGAGGGAAUUGGAAUAAAUAAUAUUGGA